AUGAGCUCAAAUCCCAGUACUAGCAGUGCAGCUGCUGGUGGCGGAGCCGGGCCGGGCGGCGGCGGAGGAGGAGGAGGAAGCAGCGGCGGCGGAGGCGGCGGGCCAUGCGGGGCAUGCAAGUUCUUGAGAAGGAAGUGCGUGCCGGGGUGCAUAUUCGCGCCGUACUUUGACUCGGAGCAAGGAGCCGCCCAUUUCGCGGCGGUGCACAAGGUGUUCGGCGCCAGCAACGUCUCCAAGCUCCUCCUCCAUAUUCCGGUCCACAAGCGGCUCGACGCCGUCAUCACCAUCUGCUACGAAGCUCAGUCCCGCCUCCGCGACCCCGUCUACGGCUGCGUCGCCCAUAUAUUCGCCCUUCAACAACAGGUAGUGAACCUACAAGCAGAGCUGGCGUAUUUACAAGCCCACCUAGCGACGCUGGAGGUGCCGAAUGCUCCGCCGCCGGCAGCGCAGCAAUCGCAGCCACAGCCGCCGCUGUUCGUGCCGCCGCCGGUUCUAAACAUCGCCGACCUCCCCACCGGCGUGCCGAUGAUGCCCGCAACCUAUGACCUUUCGUCCCUGUUUGACCCCAUGGUGCAGCCCGCGUGGGCCAUUCAGCCGCGCCAGCUGGACCCCCGCCAGCUUUUCGGCGCCGCCGCCGCAACAAGGGUAGACAUGACGUCAUCGUCGUCUUCCGCCGCCGUCAGCGGCGGCGGAGAUCUUCAAGAACUGGCGCGCGAACUCAUGCACAGGCAUGGGUCUCCAACGGUGCCAUGCACAAACGCUCCUUCGUCGGCGGCUCCGCCGCCGCACUCCAAAUGAGACGGCGGCUCGGCCGCGGCGGCGACGGCGAGAU